AUGUCCCUCCCGCCACAACUGCAGCCUUCUGGCAGUGAUGAAGAAUACGUGCACAUCAGAUGUCUUAUCGCCAACAUACAUAAGCCUAAGAAUGUUUCGAGACCGCCCGUCACGCUGUUGGAAAAAGCUCAUCUCGAGGCGGUUCAGGAAUCCCCAGGGUCAUCAGAUACGGAUCGAAGUGGUUCCGGUUCAGAUAGAUCUGAGAUAAAUGUGGUAGAGGAAGGUCCGCCAACGCGCCGAGAGAAAAGUAACAGCUACGCGGGCCCGAUGCUUGCACCACCGGUACUGCGCCAUCACAAGCGGCGGCGGUCUUCAUUCCUUCACCUUCAAGUGCGUGGCGGCAGUGCGGAUCACUCGGGGGCUCAGUCCGCCGGUCCGCACUUCAGCGUGCCACGCUUCACUGUCACGGCGCCGCCUGGCGAGCAGCGCCGCUUCAGCCAUGGCUUCCCAUUCCAUGGUUUUGCUCUCCGGCGACAUUCCAAUACGAGCCUCCACCGCAGCGAGUCGAUGGUGUCGCUUGCGUGCUUUAAGACACUCUCGCAAUUGGUGAACAGCGAUGACACGACGGAGCUACAGCAGUAUCUGGCCAAUAAUAAGAAUUUCAAUAUUGACGACAAAGACGAGAAUGGCACGACGGCGCUCAUGUGCGCGGCGGAGAGCGGGCGCACGGCUGCUGCGCGCGUGCUGCUGGCGGCGGGCGCGGACGCAUGCGCGGCCGACGCGGACGGCUGGACGCCUCUGGCCUUUGCCGCGCGCGGAGGUCACCUCCCCGUAAUGAGGGACCUGCUCGACGCCGGCGCUCUAGUUGACUCAAGGGACUGCGGUGGAUGGACGCCUCUUAUGUGGGCUUCAUACAAAGGCCAUGAGGAGGCGGUCGCGCUAUUACUGGAAAAAGGGGCCGAUGUCCAUGCCCAUGGGAACUAUAAUAUCAACUCGCUAGUGUGGGCGGCGGGGCGCGGGCACAGCGGCGUAGUGCAGCUGCUGCUGGACGCGGGCGCGCGCGCCAGCUCGUGCGACAAGUACGCCACGUCCGCGCUCACGUGGGCGGCGCGCGCUGGCGACGCGCUCUCCUGUGCGGCGCUGCUGAAGGCUGGCGCCGACCCCAACACCGCCGGCAUGUACUGCUGGACGCCGCUGCUGCAAGCCACGCAGGGUAACCACUUUGAGAUUGUGCAGAUGCUUCUCGAGCACAAGCCCAACGUGAACGCGCUGGACAAGGAAGGCUAUACCGCACUCGCUAUUGCCUGCAAAGAAGGAUACUAUGACAUUGCACUGGCCCUCAUCAAUUCCGGAGCUUACAUUAAUGUUCAGGAUCACUCAAAAGACACCCCGCUAAUCCACGCUGUGAAGGGCGGCCACAAGAACAUCGUAGAAGCAUUGUUAAAGAAGCACGUGGAUGUCGAUUUGCCGGGCAAGGAUAAAAAGACGCCGGUGUACACCGCCGUGGAGAAAGGCCACGUCGCUAUAUUGAAGCUGUUAUUAGCCUCUAAUCCAGACCUUGAGCUUAGUACAAGUAGCGGCGACACUGCACUGCUGCGCGCGGUGCGGUCGCGCAACGCGGAGAUGGUGCAGCUGCUGCUGGAGCGCAAGGCGCGCGUCACCGUCGCCGACAGCCGCGGCGACACCGCGCUGCACAUCGCCAUGCGCGCGCGCUCCAAGCAAAUAGUAGAAAUCCUUUUAAGAAACCCGAAAAACAGCCAACUGCUAUACAAACCUAACAAAAUGAACGAAACGCCAUACAACAUCGACAUGAGUUACAACAAGACCAUCCUAGGCCAGAUAUUUGGCGCACGUAAAUUGAACACGAAUGAGGAUAACGAGAACAUGCUCGGCUACGAGCUGUACAGUGCGGCUUUGGCUGAUAUGCUAUCAGAGCCUAGUCUUUCAGUGCCAAUUACAGUGGGCUUGUUUGCUCGCUGGGGGUCUGGCAAGUCGUUUUUACUUAACAAAUUAAAGGAGGAGAUGAAGAACUUCGCGCGGCAGUGGAGCGAGUGCGGGUGGGCGUGGUCGUGGGCGGUGGCGUGGGGCGCGUGGCACGGCGCGCUGGCGCUGGGCGGCGCGGCCGCGCUGGCCGGCGCGCCGCCGCACCUGGCCGCCGCGCUCGCCUUCGCGCUCUUCGCCGCCGCCUACCUCGCCGCCUACCUGCUCUGGCACCUCGGCAACAGGUACGAGUGGUGGUGGGCUGGCGGUAUGAUGUCAACUCUGGGCCGCCGUUUCAAUUCGUUGUUGCUGGUUUUACAAGUAGUCUUCUGUCACCCGCCCGGACCAAAUGAUCCACGCGCACUACCAGCUACUCCUAUAAGGUUCCACUUCACGGAGGGCAUGAAGAGCGGCGCGGGGCAGGAGGGCGAGGCGAUGGUGGUGCAGAUGAUCGGCAGCCUGGCCGAGGCGCUGGAGAGCCAGUACGGCCGCGUCUGCACGCGCCUGGCGCGCGCCUUCACGCCCAAGCCCGUCUCCUCCACCUCCGGCUGGAAAUGGAGGCGAGCGUGUUGCAUUCCUCACAUCGUAACAUUUGAAGUAAUCUUCACAUGUCUGCUCAUCGGUCUGUGCGUGCUGAUCAUGUACUUAACUGAAACGGACGCCGAUCAGCAACGGCGUAACGUGCAGCAGGGGCUGGUGAUCGGCGCGUGCGCGGUGGCCGGCGCAGCGCUGCUGGCCAACGCGUACAGCGCGGCGCGCGCGCUCGCCGCCCUCGUGCUGCCGCCGCGCGCCCGCCUCCUGCGCGCGCUGCGCCGCGACGCGCACGCGCUCGCGCUGCGCCCCGAGGUGCAGGCGCUCACCGACAUGGUGUCGUGCUUGGAUGCGUUUACCGGACAACAGACGCGGCUGGUGGUAGUGGUGGACGCUCUCGACAGUUGUGAACAGGAGAAAGUCCUCGCCUUACUCAACGCCGUUCACGCACUUUGCUCCGACCCCAAAAGUCCCUUUAUUCUCUUGUUAGCUAUUGAUCCACACAUUAUUAGCAAGGCGGUAGAAAUAAACAGCAAGCGUGCGUUCUCGGAGAGCAACAUAGGCGGGUGGGAUUACUUACGGAACAUGGUGCAAUUGCCCUUCUACCUGCAAAAUUCGGCGCUACGCAGAGUCAAAACCGCCCAGCAGACCGCCGCCAAGCGCAUGCAGUCCAUUGCAGCUGACGAUUUUUCUACUUCGUUGCAGAGAUCAGUAUCGGCUCGACGAUUAUCGUCCACGUCGGAGCUGAUGACGAGCCAGGAGCGCAUAAAGGGGCAGGCGAGCAAGGAGAGCGCCCGCGUGCGUCGCCUUCGGCCGUCGGAUUCGCUGGCGUCGUCCGUGGCGUCGGGCCUGCACCGCGCCGUGCCCAGCGCCGGCGCGGCCGACCUGGGCCGCGUGCUGCUCACCGACGACUACUUCAGCGACGUCAACCCGCGCAGCAUGCGCCGCCUCAUGAACGUGCUCUACAUCACUGGACGAUUGCUGAAGGCGUUCCAAAUAGAAUUCAACUGGUACCAACUAGCAUCGUGGGUCAACUUGACGGAACAGUGGCCUUUCCGUACUUCGUGGAUUAUUUACCAUCACGAAACAUAUGAAGAACACAUCGACGAUUCAACGUCGUUGAAACAUAUUUUUGAAAAGGUGAAGCCGGCGCUGGGGCGCGCGCGCGAGGCGGGCGCGCUGCAGGAGCUGGACCGCGACGAGCGCAAGCUGGAGGUGUUCCUCGCCUUCCAUCGCGCCUCGCUCACCGCCGCCGACCUCAAGAUCUUCCUGCCCUUCACCAUCAACCUCGACCCCUACAUCAAGAAAGUCAUCAAAGAAGAGCAGCUACAGACUGGAGCGGAAGAAGAAACUCUAGUGGCGACUUUACCUUGGGGUCAACAAAACAUGCGUCAUCCACAUUCCAAGUUGUUGCACGGGAAAAAACACAAGAUGGCGGCCGGACAGCCGCUAGGCUCGAACCCGGCGCCGCCGCUGUGGGUGGGCUGGGCGAACACACAGUACACGCAACUGCCACAAAUGCCACAAAUGCAACAAAUGCAACAAAUGCCACAAAUUCCACAAACCGGCGCACCGCUAGCCGCCAACCCCAUCACAUUACUAAAAACUGCUUUCCCGAAUCUGGGCGAGGUGGGUGCGGUGCGGCUGUCGUCGCUGAGUGUGGAGCGCGCGGGCUCGCUGGUGCGCGCGGCGCUGGGUGCGGCGGGCGCGGUCGCGGCGCGCGCGCUGCAGCACCACCACGUCAACGGCCUCGUGCUCGCCACCUGCCGCCUCGACGAACUCAAGCCGAUUCUAGACUUGCCAUUCGGUGACUGGGAAUUAUUCAAGUUGCUCAUUACAAACCUUCGAGAACUGGAAGCUGGAUUGCCUCUCCAUACCCCCGCAGUGCAAGUAAUUCCUGAGAAAUCUACUGACACGGAAACGGAACCGGUGAAACCACGAUCCGUGUUAGAACAUCAGCGCAGUCGUCCAUCUAAUGUUGAAAAGCAGGUGACCCUGGAGGAGCAGAUGAUCUGCGGCGCGCUGCAGACGCUGAACGAGGAGGCGCUGGAGGACGUGCUGCAGUCGGAGCCGGCGCCGCCAGAGGAGGAGAGCGCGGAACAGGUGCGCUUGGCGCGUAGCGGCGGCUCGUGGGCGGGGAGCGGGGCGGGCGGCUCGGCUGCUGCCGCCGGCCGCGACCCCUCCAUCCUGAAGAGCAGCAGCUUCCGCACGCGCCGCCACGCCGAGCCGGCCGCCGUCACGUUCAGCGUGGAGCGCGAGGAGGAGUGGGACGACGGCCAGAUCACGUUCAGCGCGCCGCCGCGGCCCGCCGUGCUGUACCGCGCGCACGGCAACGCGCAGGCGCCGCGCUCGCGGCCCUCGUCGCUGCUCGUGGCCGGCGACGAAGCGCACGAAACCGACGCCCGACUCACCACGCGCUCCCAAUCGGUAGACGACUCCACCAAAACGGGCUCGCCGAUCGUCGACCUCAAGCUCAGGAGCCUCAAGAGGACGGCGGAAAUAUUGAAGAAGGUCGGCUCCGCGGAACGGCUGACUCGGUUCAAGGACAAGAUAAUGUCGCGCGGCAACGGCUCGCGCGAACGCAGUCCGUCGCGCGAGGACGCCGGAAGCGACGACGAGUCCGCGCCGCUCGUCGGCUCGCCGACGACUGUCGCCUGCGUCUCGGAGAUUCGACGCGACGCUUCGACGCGAUCGUCCAGUUCUAACUCUUCCCCGCUUGUCGCCUCCUCGCACUCCAGGACUUACCCGACGUCGCCGACAAAAACACCGAUCAGAGUAGACUGCAGAGAUCGUAGCUUACAAGACGUCACUGCGAGUACAGAUUUUUCGCCACGAUCGGAUAUCACCGACUUGGAAUCACCGCGCGAAUGUGCAGCCGAAUUAGAUCACUUGCCGGUAUGUAAAUCGGGAGAAGAAAAAUUAAUUAUAAAAACGGCAACACACAUUGAACGGCAGGACAGCGGUGCAUCUAUCUCAAAUAUGGUAGAACCAUACAACAUGUUUCUACUAGCCCAUGGAACGUCAGAAAAUUCCCGAACUCUUUGGCGACAGAAUGCGCUCGACUCUGGUCCACCGUGGCCGUGGGAUGAACCAGAUUCCGCAGUUUGA